AUGAAAAAUUGCACUAUUCCCAGGUUCGUACGUGGCGUCCGGAAGGCGCGCACUUAUAUGAGGCGCAGCCCACGUGGAUUUAUGACGAGCCCAGCGGUAAGUGGGUUGCCGAGCUGCGGCACCGCAUCGUCCCCGACUCGGGCAACUACGACGACCCGUACGCCGAACUCGGGACCCGGCGCGCCCGGCGGAUCAUCGAAAGUCCCUACGCCUACGGGGGCCGGGGCACGAGUCCGGGCCGCGUGGACACCGCGUACAUGCAUCACCUGUACAAACGGGAACCCUACCAGAAGCACCACACCAUGA